GUUGGCGCCCUAGGCAGAUGGCUAAUUGCAGCACUGACCCUGGAUACAUGAUGUUUAAAUGCCCUUAUUCCACCAUGAAGCAACAAACAAUUUGAGACAGCCAGUCAUGUAUAUGCAAGUAGAAAACCGUACAGGCACCCUCUUACAUUUGAAGAGGAAUCCCAGCAUUCGCUCCUGGUCCCUUUUAGUUGGGCUCUCAUCUGUGGGUUUGGCUGCUGCCUAUUAUAGUACAGAUUCCUGGGCCUGGAAGCUGUUUUAUGUGGCCGGCUGCCUGUUUGUGGCUAUUCAAAAUCUAGAAGAUUGGGAGGAAGCAAUUUUUGACAAGAGGGAAAGAAAAGCCACUCUGAAAACUUUCAAUUUGUACAAGAAAAUCCUGACAUUAUGUAAAGGAGGGCAUGAGCAAGUCGUGGUUCUUCUCAGUGACAUCCGGGAUGUGAAUGUCGAGGAGGAAAAAGUGAGAUAUUUUGGAAAGGGCUACCUAAUUGUCCUGCGUCUUGUAACAGGAAUUUCCCACCCCCUUACACAGAGCGCAGUACUAGGAGGCAGAAGCGACGUAGAAGCUGUAGCCAAACUACUCACAACAUUCCUAGAUCUAGACCUGGCUGGUUUUCACUCCCGGAUAGCAGAAGAGAGCAGUGACAGCGAGGAGACAUUGGACAAGGAGGAUGAAGAAUGAGUCUGCAUUAAAACAGGGCAUGGAGGAAUUCCGCAAUUAAGGCAGGCUGUCAUCCCAACAUCAGCCACUUCAUUUGGUGGCAUUACAGUGCUGUUGCCUAAUUUUUAUCCUGGUGACAUCACAACUUGGCUUGUCCCAUAGACCCUUCUGUACCAUCACAAAAGAUUUAUCUGAUCUUGAGGUAGAAAUCUUUGUUGCCUUUCUUCAAGCUGGUCUUUUCACAGAAACAUAGGUAUGCAUCUAGUAAGCCUGGCUGCUGUUUCUCACUGUGAUGUGAGAUGAAGCAUGCCAUAACCUGGAUAUUUGAUGCCACAAGGGAAAACCUUCUUUAAUUUUCUGGAAAGCUAAAACCUGCAUCUGCUAACUGUUUUUUUUUUUUUGUUUGUUUUUUUAUAAUCUUGCCUCAAGAUGGUCAACUUGAUUUAUUUUAACAAUUUUAUUGCACUAAUCCUUAUUGCGUUAACUCCUGCUCUUUUUGAAGGACGUGCCUUAGUACAUCAAUUCCAUAUGUUUUUAUUUAUAGAAGAGAAAUACCAAAAUCCAUAUGUGGCUCAGUGUUAAACUAUAUAAAACUUGAAAAAAGAACCAUUAAAUUCCGCUAAGAGAGAAAGUAUUAAAACGCUUGCCACUUGAAGGGCUGGCCACCUUUGCUUGCUUUCCCCACUAGAGAGAGUUUAAUGAGAUCUGAUUUUGCUGACUCCACAUCAGAUACCUUCUAGAAUAGAUGUCUGUUCUUGAUUGCCUACCCUGCCUUUGGGGGGUCAUACAAAUCUAAGACUCACUAUGUCACCAAACCCAACUUCUAUGACCAAAUCCAGGAUUAACUGAAAAAUACAAGUGUUCUUUUCGUUUUUUAAAAGUUUUUUUUUGAACAUUGUUAUGACCAGUAUAUCUGAGUAAGACUAGCUGUUGAAUCGUUACGUAGUUGUAUUGAAAGCAACUCGCUGAGCUGCUUUGUUCCAUAACAACAUUCACAUUCUCGUAUAGGUACUAUAGAAACAUUAAGCACUGCUAUGUUCUCCUGACACUUCCACUGUUCUUUGCAGCUGACAGAAGGUACGGUAUUGGCCUCUAUCAGGAGAUCUAGCAGUCUAAUAUUUGGGAGGUCUUGGUUGGUUUGCACCGUUUCCACUGUGAAGGAGAUGCAGUUUUUUCCAUACCUAUUAUGUUUUAAAUAUAUUUACAGAUAUAAUAGGUAAUACAGGUUGAGUCUCCCAUAUCCAAAAUGCUUAGGAUCAGAAGUACAGUAUAUUAGAUUUUUCUGUAUUUUGGAAUAUUUGCAUCCUAUAAUGAGAUCUCUUUGGGAUGGGACCCAAAGCUAAACACAAAAUGCAUUUGUUUUAUAUGCACAUUGCCUAAAGGUAAUUUUAUACAAUGUUUUUAAUAAUUUUGUGCAUGAAGCAGUUUUGUGUACACUGAACUAUCGGAAAGCAAAGGUGUCACUAUCUGUCAAAUAUAUUUAGAUUUCAGAA